UGUAAGGCGGAGCAUCCUCUGCAUCAGACAGUGAUGGACGAUCAGCAGCGGGUCGCCAUAUAACGCACAUCCUCCUCCUCCUCCUCCUCCUCCCGGUCCUGAGGUGGCUUCUCUGCAGUCUCAUCCUGGUCCGGGUGGUCCUCCUUUUGGGACGAUUCUCAACUGCCGCAUGCAGGCAAAGGCAAAGUGGGGGAUGUGGGGGGAGCAAAUGGCCUGGAAAAGAGGCAAUGGAUGGGAGGAUGCUCAGUGACUGAAUGACCAGCUGCUUGUUUGCAGCAGGUUUGUCCUCUGCCAACGCGCGCGAUGGAGUCCACCCACCUGCUGGGCGGCGCUAAGAAGCGGGUCAAGAUCCACCCUCACACCGUCACGGCUAAGUAUGCCACGCAGACCCCUUAUUCCCCGCAACCCGGAAUACACACGCACUUCCCGCAGCCCGGCGACGAGGGCUACGACGACGCGCCGUCCUUUGAGGACUUCGGCUCCUUCCUGGAGGAGACGUCGGACAGGAAGCAGCUGACGGAGACCAAGAGGUGGCCGCUCGCUCUGUUUGGCUCCAAAGACAAGGACAAGGGCGCCGCCCCGAGACCUCCGGCCGGCAGGGGCGGCGAUAGCGGCGAAGCGGGAGCCAGGGCGGGCAAAGGCCCGGGGAAAGGGGUCGGGGAGCAGCUGGCCAGUUUCGGAGAGGCCUCGGUGUCGGCGUCGCGGCUCACCUGGGUGGGGCUGCUGGGGGCGGCGCUGGCUAACGGCUGCGUGGUCGUUCUGACCCGAGUGGCCUCGGAACGCUUUGGGCUGGGCCCCCUCUUUCUCCUGUUGGUUCGGUCCGUGGUCCAGCUUCUGUUUGUGGCGGUGCCGUUGUACAAGGGGGAGAACCCUUUCGGACCCGAGGGUUACCGCCUCCGUCUGCUUUGUUACGGGGUCGCCUAUUCGCUGUCCCUGUGCUGCGCUUACUCCUCGCUGACCUUCACCUCCCAAGAGGACGCCGCCCCCGCCUGGCGCCUGGCCACCACGGCGCUGUCCGCCACCUUGGCCUUCCUGUUGUUGGAGGAGCGUCUGGGUUUGUCAGAUGGCAUCACGCUGGCGGUGGGGCUGUGCGGUUUGGGGGUCCUGCUGCUCCCCGCGGCGGAUGAGAGCAAUGCCGAUUCCCCGACAGAUCCCGUGGUAUUCUGGAGGGGCACAUUUGGGUGGUCCCUGUCGGCGCUUGCGGGGCUAUGGUUGGCCCUGGCCCUGGUGGGCUACCGGUCCCUGAAGGAGAGAGUGGGCGUGGCUACGGCUCUGUUCACCGUGAGCUGGACGGGCUGCGUGGUCACCCCGGCCUCGUUGGCCCUGCUCCAGGAGGGCUGGUCCUGGCCGGCAAGCGUUCCUGGCUGGGGCCUGGUCGUGGCUUUGGUGGCUUGCUCGAGCGUCGCCUUCCUGGGGGUGACGCACGGCCUCACGCGGGUCCACCCGGCGCUGGUUUCUGCGAGCCAGAGCCUCGAGGCGCCCCUGGCCACGGCAGCCCAUCUGGUCAUAGCGCGGCUGGCCCCCAGCGCACCCGAGGUGGUCGGGAACGCCAUGGUGGUCCUGAGCGUCGGCUGGUUGGUGACCACGAAGCUGUUGGCGUCCCGCGGGGGCAACCGGCGUCACAGAGAGGAAUAUGAGGAAAUUCUAGACUCACCCAUUAAAUAAGACGCUUCUGCCCGCACCCUCUUCUCUCUACCAAGUCAGUUGUACACGCUCGCUGGUAGUUUUAUGACCUCCACCAAGCACAAAGUUAGAUUCGGGAGGUUAUGUUUUGAUUGCCACUUGUUAGAUCUUGAAAAAAAAAAUUGACUGUGGUUUUUCAUGCACUUUGAACAUUUUGUGUACAGGCCAAGGAAAACAACCAACCCCUAAACCACUACUCCUAACCCUUAUCCUAAAACCUAACCGCCAAAUCUUCACCCAAAAUCGAACCCCCAAAUUUAUCCCUAAAAUCUUAACCUCCUUCAAACCCAAAAUGUAAUCACAAACCAUAAAUUCAACUCAAGGACCUGACCCACUUAUUCCUCACUCUAAAUCCAGAAACCUAAACCCGCUAAUUCUAACCCUAACUUUAAAUUCCAUCCCAAUACCCUUACACUAAAACCUUUCACCCGAACCGCCAAUCCUCCUCACCC